GCCAGGUGAACCCGCGCCACCUGCCGCUUCGCCCCGGCGGUUCCCAGCCUGGGAGGCGCGCGGCGCGGCGCGGUGGGCGCGGGAGGUCGGGAGAUGGUCGGAAGCCAGCCCUCCCAGAGCCGGCCCACCACAGCAGGGUAGAGCCGAGAGCGGCGUCCCCUGCAGAAAGACCCCUGCGUCCCAGGCUUUGAUCGAAGCCUCCCCGCCAGGGACGUUCUUUCUGGUUGUCGUGCGGUGUCGGGGGUUCCUUACCCCUACCUCAGGUUUAGCACAGAUUCUGCGCCUGGUGCUGAAGUGACAGGGCGGCCACUCUCUUCCAGAGGCUGCUUUAGCCCCGGGGUCCCUCAUAUAUCCCUUAGGGUACCUGACGGCUCCAAACCGGUGACCUCAACCCUUCCCACCUCUCAGGUCUUGUUCCCCAGACUCUUCUGGCCCCGCUUCAUCUGGGAGCGCGGCUGCCUGCCUCCGCUUCCUCCUCUGCGCUGAGACAACGCGCAGGGGUCACCACAAGGGCCCCUGCUGCCUAUGGCCUCUAACCACACAGCACCAUGGAUAAAUGUGGACGGCCUGGGUUCAGACCCCAGCUUUGCCCUUGGCCAGAGUACCUGGCUUUGCUGUGACUGCUUCCCCGUCUACAACAUGGGGGUAAAAAUAAUCUAGGGCUUUUAUGAGGAUUUAACCUUUGUUUAUUUUUACUAAGGUGUUCAAAACAGUGCUUGGCACAUAGUAAAUUCUGUUAAUAUGUGUGUCUGCUAUUGUUUGUUUCAUAGCACAUCAUUGUGUAAAGUUGUAUCAUUUACUUGGUAACAACUUUAUGAACUCACAGGCUUUAUACAGGGCCUAGAACAAUACUUGGUGAAGUGAGAAAAUAAGUCAAAUGGCAGGAUACAUAACGAUGGAAGAUGGAGGCGCACGAGUGUCCAUCAGGACAGCUUCACCUCCUUGAGGAUUAAAGCCUAACAGUACUGAGCUAUUUGCCUGUCAAAAUGUCUGCAAAAUUGGGAAAGUCAUCAUCACUCCUAACACCAACUUCAGAGGAGUGUAAUGGGAUUCUGACAGAGAAGAUGGAAGAGGAAGAGCAGACCUGUGAUCCAGACUCUAGCCUCCACUGGAGCAGCAGCUACAGCCCAGAGACCUUCCGCCAGCAAUUCAGGCAGUUUGGCUACCAGGAUUCACCUGGGCCCCAUGAGGCUCUGAGCCGGCUCCGAGAACUUUGUCAUCUCUGGCUGAGGCCGGAGGUGCACACCAAGGAGCAGAUCCUGGAGCUGCUGGUGCUGGAGCAGUUCCUGGCCAUCCUCCCAAAAGAGCUUCAGGCCUGGGUGCAGAAGCAUCAUCCAGAGAAUGGAGAGGAAACUGUGACUAUGCUGGAGGAUGUGGAGAGAGAGCUUGAUGGACCAAAGCAGAUCUUUUUUGGACGAAGGAAGGACAUGAUUGCAGAGAAGCUAGCACCUUCAGAAAUCACUGAGGAAUUGCCAAGUAGCCAGCUCAUGCCCGUGAAGAAGCAGCUCCAGGGAGCAUCAUGGGAGCUUCAGUCCUUAAGACCACAUGAUGAAGACAUCAAAACUACAAAUGUGAAAUCUGCUUCAAGGCAAAAGACUUCUUUAGGCAUAGAACUGCAUUGCAGUGUUUCCAAUAUCCUUCAUAUGAAUGCCUCCCAGAGUUCCACAUAUAGAGGAACCUAUGAACAAGAUGGUAGGUUUGAAAAGAGACAAGGAAACCCUUCUUGGAAAAAACAACAGAAAUGUGAUGAAUGUGGCAAAAUCUUUAGUCAGAGCUCAGCCCUUAUUUUACGUCAGAGAAUCCACAGUGGAGAGAAACCUUAUGCAUGUGACGAGUGUGCAAAGGCAUUCAGCCGAAGCGCAAUUCUGAUUCAGCAUCGACGAACCCAUACUGGUGAGAAGCCCUACAAGUGUCAUGACUGUGGCAAAGCCUUUAGUCAGAGCUCAAAUCUUUUUAGACAUAGGAAAAGACACAUUAGAAAAAAAGUCCCAUAAGUAUCAUGAGGGAAUCAAAGCAUUUACUCAGAGCUAUUUCAGCACAAGGGAAGACACAAGAUGCAAACGCUCCUUAGUACAAAUCAGUGGUCUUAGUAAGCACCAGUCUCCUUUCAAGAAUCAUGAAAGCCACAGGAGAGAAGGUUGAAGAUCUCAUGUCAGCAUUGUUUGCUUUUCUGCUUAUCAAUGCAGUCUCAAUUCUGACGUUUGCAAUUCCAAAGCUUAAUUCAGAUUUCCAUCCCUAUGCAGCCCUUGAAAAGGCAUUCUCAGACAUGUUCUACUAUUUUCAUUAUUAACACAUAUAAUGAAUUAGUAUAUAUCUUUUUAGACAAGUAUGUUUUUUCCCUCAUUGAGAAGGAAUGUGUGAGUUAUUCAGUGUAAAAAUAGACAUUCUCCUCCAUUUCAUAACUUGAGCACUAGAAUUCUAAAGACCAAAAAUUAAAGCACUCAAAAAGAAUUCCUGGCUGGGUGCGAUGGCUCAUGCCUGUAAUCCUAGCACUUUGGGAGGCCGAGGCGGGCAGAUUGCCUGAACUCAGGAGUUCAAGACCAGCCUGGACAACACAGCGAAACCCCGUCUCUACUAAAAUUCAAAAAAUUAGCCAGGCAUGGCAACGUGUACCUGUAAUCCCAGCUACUAGGGAGGCUGAGGCAGGAAAAUUUCUUGAACCGCUCAGACAGAGCGAGACUCCAUCUCUAAAAUAAAUAAAUAAAUAAAUAAAUAAAAAUAAAAAUAAAUUCCUAUUUUGUCUUCUGUUACCAGAUUCAAAAUAUGAACAUGUGAUUGCAGAGGCCCAAAAGAAUAUGUACUUCAAGACUAGGCUGAAGUGUCCCAGGUCACUUUCAGGAGGCAGAUAAAUAAAGGGCCUUAUCUUAUGAAAGCACACAAGAGCCUCCAUACUAUUAAUAUCAAGUUAAUUUCCCGUGUUGGAAAAAAAUAAUCUCCUUUGCAAUGUAAUUUGGAAAUAAGUCAAUGGAAACAUGAAAAUGACUGCUUGUCUACAAGGAGUCAGCUAAACAUAAGGAAUGUUUUCAUAACAAUAUUAAUCUAUGGGUGCUUCUGUAAGAUGGAUGAUCAUCUUAAUAUAAAAAAGGGAGAUGAACAAAAUUGUCAAACAAGACUGAUGUACCACAAGUGUUGUCAAGUACAGUGUAUGUCGGAGAGAUGUACCACAGCUUAACUGGAAGAGGAAGCCCGUAACUGCUGAUGACAAUACUUUCAGUGUCCCCUUUUCUGGCAUAAAUCAACUAUGAAUACGUUUCAAGCAUCACAAGACAACCUUUUCAGAGUCUUCUGUAUUCUUAGUAAGAUGAGUUUCUAGACACGCUGUCAUGAAAUGAGACCCUGGAUUUUGAUGCUCUUGUACAUAUGGACAAAUCACUGAAGUUCAAUUUAAAGGGUCCACUGCAGUCCCUUAUAAACAAUUGUUGAACCUAACCAUUAUAGUUUAUAAGUUUUAAGACAUUUAUGGGAUAUCUUAUUUGGUUUAUCUAUGGGAUAUGAGUAACUAUGUUUUACCUGCAUUUAAUUCAGCCAGAUUCCCUGUUUAAAAAUAAAAUUACUGAAUUGUACAUUAUUAAAAUUAUUCUGACAGUAUACAAACAACA